GAGACUCUCGAGUCCCAGCUCCGAGUUCCUGGUUGGAUAAUUUGGGUUAAUACUAGUGAGUGAGGUUUUUGCGGCUUCAAAGGGUAUUUCAAGUUUCCGGAGCUCCUCCCCUCUGCACCCUGUGACAACAACAACUCGUCCAGCCGGCAGCCAGCACUUUUCAGCUCAUUUUCUCUCUGUCAUUCCCCGCUCAAUCUUUGAUCAAUGUACUUGCCAGGGAGCACCCAAGUCCCUCGAUCCUCCUCCUCCUCCUCCUCUUCCUCCUCCUCCUUCUCCUCCUCCUCCUUUUCACCUUCAUCUUUAACUUUGUGCUAGAGCCGGGACCCACACCACCACCACAGCCGACCCUCCCCGCCCCCGCCCCCCUCCCCUCCUCCCCAAACCAGCCCUGGAUCCCAGCCCCCCGGAGAGGACUCGCAUUUCGACUUGCGGGACACUUUUGUGCGUUUCUCUCUAGAGCGCUUCUGGCGCUCGCCCCUUGGGCGCUCGCUCGCUCGCUCGCGGCUCCUCUCGCUCGCUCGCUCGCUCUUUCUGGCCCUCACCUCCCCCGUACCCCCUUCUCUCCCUUUCUCCUCCUCAUCCUCCUCCAGAGUUGUGGUUGUUGUGGUGGUUCCCCCUCCCUCGCUCGCUCCUUCUCCCCCUGUCCUUCCCGGGUGUGUGUUGUGUGUUGUGUGCGUGUGUGUGUGUGUGCGCGCGCGCGUGUGUCUGUGUGGCAACUUUUUUCCCCCCCUCGCUUCUCUCCUCCUUCUGUUUCCCCUUCUAUGUGACCAUGGCAGUGCCGGCGGCUUUGAUCCCUCCGACCCAGCUGGUCCCCCCUCAACCCCCGAUCUCCACGUCUGCUUCCUCCUCGGGCACCACCACCUCCACCUCCUCGGCGACCUCGUCUCCGGCUCCGUCCAUCGGGCCCCCGGCGUCCUCUGGGCCAACUCUGUUCCGGCCCGAGCCCAUCGCGGCGGCGGCGGCGGCGGCGGCCACAGUCACCUCUCCCGGCGGCGGCGGCGGCGGCGGCGGCGGCGGCAGCGGAGGCGGCGGUGGCAGCGGCGGCAACGGAGGCGGCGGCGGCAACUGCAACCCCAGCCUGGCGGCCGCAAGCAACGGCAACGGCGGCGGCGCCUCCAGCACCCCCAUCAACGCCAGCACCGGCAACAGCAGCAGCAGCAGCAGCAGUAGCAGCAGUAGCAGUAGUAGCAGCAGCAGCAGCAGUAGCAGCAGCAGCAGUAGCAGCAGCAGCAGCUGCGGCCCCCUCCCCGGAAAACCCGUGUACUCAACCCCGUCCCCAGUGGAAAACACCCCCCAGAAUAAUGAGUGCAAAAUGGUGGAUCUGAGGGGGGCCAAAGUGGCUUCCUUCACGGUGGAGGGCUGCGAGCUGAUCUGCCUGCCCCAGGCUUUCGACCUGUUCCUGAAGCACUUGGUGGGGGGCUUGCACACGGUCUACACCAAGCUGAAGCGGUUGGAGAUCACGCCGGUGGUGUGCAAUGUGGAACAGGUUCGCAUCCUGAGGGGACUGGGCGCCAUCCAGCCCGGAGUCAACCGCUGCAAACUCAUCUCCAGGAAGGACUUCGAGACCCUCUACAAUGACUGCACCAACGCCAGUUCUAGACCUGGAAGGCCUCCUAAGAGGACUCAAAGUGUCACCUCCCCUGAGAACUCUCACAUCAUGCCACAUUCUGUCCCUGGCCUCAUGUCUCCUGGAAUAAUUCCACCAACAGGUCUGACAGCAGCAGCUGCAGCAGCUGCAGCUGCUACCAAUGCAGCCAUCGCAGAAGCAAUGAAGGUGAAAAAAAUUAAAUUAGAAGCCAUGAGCAACUAUCACGCCAGUAAUAACCAACAUGGAGCCGAUUCCGAAAAUGGAGAAAUGAAUUCAAGUGUUGGACUGGAACUUCCUUUUAUGAUGAUGCCCCACCCUCUAAUUCCUGUCAGCCUACCUCCAGCAUCUGUCACCAUGGCAAUGAGCCAGAUGAACCACCUCAGCACCAUUGCCAACAUGGCUGCGGCGGCCCAAGUUCAGAGUCCUCCAUCCAGAGUUGAAACAUCUGUAAUUAAGGAGCGUGUUCCUGACAGCCCCUCUCCUGCCCCAUCUCUGGAGGAGGGGCGAAGGCCUGGCAGUCACCCCUCAUCCCAUCGUAGCAGCAGUGUGUCCAGCUCCCCCGCCAGGACUGAGAGCUCUUCUGACAGAAUCCCUGUACAUCAGAAUGGAUUGUCCAUGAACCAGAUGCUCAUGGGUUUAUCACCAAAUAUCCUCCCAGGGCCAAAGGAAGGAGAUUUGGCUGGUCAUGACAUGGGACAUGAUUCAAAACGGAUGCAUAUUGAAAAAGAUGAGACCCCGCUUUCUACACCAACCGCAAGAGACAGCCUUGACAAACUUUCUCUAACUGGGCAUGGACAACCACUACCUCCAGGUUUUCCAUCUCCUUUCUUGUUUCCUGAUGGAUUGUCUUCCAUAGAGACGCUUCUGACUAAUAUCCAGGGGCUAUUGAAAGUGGCCAUAGAUAAUGCCAGAGCUCAGGAAAAACAGGUCCAACUGGAAAAAACAGAGCUGAAGAUGGAUUUUUUAAGGGAACGAGAACUAAGAGAAACACUUGAGAAGCAGCUGGCUAUGGAGCAAAAGAAUAGAGCUAUUGUUCAAAAAAGACUAAAGAAGGAAAAGAAGGCAAAGAGAAAAUUACAGGAAGCACUUGAAUUUGAGACAAAACGGCGUGAACAAGCAGAACAGACACUAAAACAGGCAGCAUCCACAGACAGUCUCAGGGUCCUUAAUGACUCUCUGACCCCAGAGAUAGAAGCUGACCGCAGCGGUGGCAGAACAGAUGCGGAAAGGACAAUACAAGAUGGGAGACUGUAUUUGAAGACUACUGUCAUGUACUGAAUCUAUCCGGUCGAAGAAAUCAAGUUCUUUCAAAGAACUUUGCAGUCAGACAUUCGUCAUUGGAUAGUCCAGAAAAAACUAAAACCCUUUAAGGAAACUCCCUCCAUUUUGUGUAGUAAUGUUCUUUAACAGUUAAGUACUCUACAAACACGAAACAGUUUCCUCCAUUGAUUUUGCCUGUGAUUCAUACCAGAGACCUGCGAAUGUUUGUAAAUGUACAAGUAUUGAACUUCUUACGCUUAGUAUCUGCAACUUUGCUGCUGGACACUUGUAUACACAGUUAAAGGCAGGUUUGACUAAGACCUAGCCUUUUUUUAAAUGGAAUGAAUCAUUUCUCUCUUCUGAAAAUUCUGUUUUUGAGCACAUUGACAGACUCUUAUAGCAGUGGUCACCUAGACUUACAGAAUUAUGUCCCACAGCACCAUCAAGAACAUGUGGAAAUGAACUUGUAAGGGACAUUGAGGAUUAUGAAAAGAAAAAAAAAGAGUAAUAUGCUGUUACAUUCAAUUUUAAACUUGGAUUUGUGGAUUUUCUCCUGAAUUUUUUUCCAAAAGACCAAACAAAUGGAUGGUAAUAACUCAGUGAAUUACACAUUUUGCUUAUCUGAAAAGAAGCAUUGACUAUAAGCCAAAAGGUUUCAUCAAUGGUCUCUUUUACUUAAAAAUUAAAAAAAGAAACACGUAUAUAUCUCUAAUUGUAACAUGUUUUCAUUCCAAACUGGUAGUGGUAUAUAGGAUUAAAAAUAAUAAUGUUUCUUCCUACUCAAACUGCUGGUCACAUGUACAGUAUAUAAACAUAAAACACACGAGGAAGGUAUUAUGUAUGCAGUAGUAUACUAGAGUUUAGGAAAAUGACAAUUUUAGAAAAUAUGUUUUUGUCACCCUGUUGGUCAGGAAGAAUUCUUUCUGGUUUUAACGCAUGCAGGCAUGUAAAUAUUUGUCUGGAGUCACAGUAUUAACGAAUGAGAUCUUAAUCUUCUGGUGACAUGAGGGACAACUCUGUCAGCCACAUUUAUUUGUAUACCAAUCCCUAGUCAGUGCUGCAGACUGCACUGUUGAGAAUGGAUUGUGGCUGACCUGUUAAUCCCAACGCCAGAAAUAUUUUUAUAUGUUAAUGUCAUAUUAUGUUAAUGUUGCUAAACAAAGAAACAAAACUUAACAAACCUGUGUUGUAUCGGUCGAAUACCAAUGUAACCCUGAGUGAUAAAGUUGAACUGUGCUGUGCUCCCACCCCCCACACAGGGGUGGGUAGCUUUGUGUUAUUUUCACUGUCUUUUUGAAAGUUAAACGUAUGUGUUUUCACUUUUGUGCAGAUAACUGGAAGUAAAGCUGCAAAUGAUGCUUAUUAUGCGCUAGUUAUGUUCUCUCUCUCUCUUUCUCUCUUUCUCUCUCUCUGGCUCGCUCACUCUCUUUUUUAAAUACAUCUUCAGCUCCACCUUUAAUGACUGGUAUCAAUCAGUACUGUUACUCUCCCGCAUAUGAUUUUCUCUAAUCUUAAGCUUUUAUGAUGCUAACAUUAUUUAUUUCUAUAAAACAACAAAUUCUUAAGUGUCUAAGAAAGCUAGACAAAAAUGUUUAAAGAGUUUACUGAUUAGGUAAUAAUUACUUGGUUAAGAAAAAAAAUGACAUAUACUCUGGCACUAAGCUUUUUACACUUUUUAGGUCUUCCUUGACAUGCCAGACCAUAAACCUUUGAUGUAACAAACUAUUAAACAGUUUAGUCCAUCAUUUGAAUACAAUGAGCAGGUUAUGUGUACAAAUCCUUUUUUAGCUUGCUUACAAGGGAGAAGAAAUAUUUUCCUUUAAAAUAAUGUUCGUAAAUGCUUUGUAGAAAAUUGGUUUUUCUAAGUAUAAGUUGUUCCAUAAUCAUCCUUCUUUAUUUGAGCAAAGAUAUUGUGUUCCUAGUUCUGCUCAUUUUUGUUUGUUGGGUUUCCCAUAUGCAGUCUUUAAAAGAUAACAAUAACCUUUAAGAUUGGAUGGACUUGAGGCAAGCUUUGGAAUCACACAUUUUUUGAAACAUUUUUUGAAGAAGCCUACAACUUACGUAUUGUCAGAAUCAGCCUUUGCUCUCCUCCUGGCAUAGAGUUCUGUUAUGUGGGGUUAAAUAAUUUUGAAAUUCAUACUUUCAAGACUUUUGAGAAUGCUUUAGUGUCUGGUUCAACAUUAAAAGGAAAUUUUAGCAAGGAUUAAAUAAAAAUGCUGUCAGCUGUAUGUUAAGAGAGACUCUUUACUAACCUGUUGUAAAUAUUACAAUUCACAAAAUGUAAUUGUAAGUCUGUAACUUAAUCCUCCCCUCCCUUUUUUCUUUUAGUUAAACUAGUUGGUUUAGAAAUUUAUGUUUGGCAUAAAUAAGUAAAAUUGCGCCCAUUUUAUGGUUUCCAUGCUUUUGUAAUCCUACAAAUAUUAAUGUCUAGUUGUUCUAUAUUAUAACCACAUUUGCGCUCUAUGCAAGCCCCUUGGAAUAGAACAUACGCAUCUUCAUGUAGGACCUAUGAAAAUUGUCUAUUUUUAUCUAUAUAUUUAAAGUUUUCUAAAAAUGAUAAAAGGUUAUUACGAAUUUUGUUGUACAAAAUCUGUACAAAAAUCUGUUUUUACAUCAUAAUGCAAGAAUUGGAAAUUUUUCUAUGGUAGCCUAGUUAUUUGAGCCUGGUUUCAAUGUGAGAACCACAUUUACUGUUAUUGUAUUUAAUUUUCUUUUUCUUUUCAACAAUCUCCUAAUAAAAAUGUCUGAAAUCUC